GCUGAGGAAAAGCGCGGGAAAGCCCCGGAAGGAAAAGCGCGGGAGAGCCCAACGGAAGGAAAAGCGCGAGAAAGCUAAGGGACGGCCAUAGCGCGAAGAAUGAGAAGUAGGGAGUCCCUAGAUGUCCCCGACCUGUGUCUCUCGCGAACGGUGGGAACGACACGUGGAGCCAUCGCCAUCAUCACCAUCAUCUCCAUCAUCAUCAUCGCCGUCAUCGUGGCCAUCAUUAUCAUCAUCGUCAGGAGCUGGUCGGACACAGACUGGUAGCGAUGAUCUUACGGAGCUGGAGGUAACGACACGUGGCACCAUCGUCAUCGUCGCCAUCGCCGUCGUUAUACCUCGCCAUCGCCGUCCUCAUCGUUGCCAUCGUCAUCGUCAUCAUCAUCAUCGUCAAUCAAGAUCUGAGUCGAUAUCUCAUGGGAGAUGGACUGGUAGCGAUGAUCGUACGGAGCUUGAGCGCGCAGUGGAGUAUGCCAUCGACGAGGUGGACCGGUACAGACGCCCUUCCGCUCGUCCACUUGUCCCAGUCACCUACGGAAUAGAAAUCGAUGAAUUUGGCCGACGACGACCUAACGUUCCAGAGCAGGUCCACGUGAGCUAUUUUGGACCGAAUCAGAUGAUGGUAUCCUUUACGACGAGCGAUUACGGAGUGCCUUCUGCUGUAGAGUGGGGUACGGAAUCGGGAAAGUACACGUGGCAGGCCAUAGGCUUCAGCUUACAGUACAGAUUCAUCAACUACAAAUCAGGACUGAUCCAUCAUGUUGUUCUCGGCGUUGAAUAUCCGCUGCAACCCCAUCAGAAAUACUACUACAGAUGUGCCAAGAUGGGAAAGGAGUUGAGUUUCACCAUGCCACCGCCGCUCGGGGCCAACCAGCCCAUCAAGUUCGGUCUAUUAGGAGAUUUAGGACAGACGGCAUGGUCGGCAAGCACAUUGGGACAUAUGAAGAAGACACCUUUAGACAUGGUUCUAUUUGCCGGAGACCUAUCGUAUGCUGAUGCGUACCAACCGCGAUGGGACACAUGGGGGCGGCUUAUUGAGCCAAGUGCAAGCAGCAUUCCAUGGAUGGUUGUAGAGGGGAACCAUGAUCAGGAGAGGUUGUUCGGGUUCGAACCAGAGUUUAAAGCCUACAAUGCAAGAUGGCAGAUGCCGUAUAAGGAGAGCGGUUCCGACUCGAACUUGUACUACUCCUUCGAGGUUGCUGGUGCACAUAUCAUCAUGCUCAAUUCCUUCACUGACUUCAAAGAAAAUUCGACUCUGUAUUCAUGGUUGAAGGGGGAUCUAGGACGAGUCGAUCGCCAACGCACCCCAUGGCUCAUUGUGCUUUUCCACUCACCCUGGUAUAACUCCAACUAUGCGCAUAAAAACGAUGGUGAAGAGAUGCGAAAAGCUAUCGAGGAUCUACUCUACUCUGCGAAAGUAGACUUGGUGUUCACAGGCCAUGUGCAUGCGUAUGAGCGCACGAAACCGAUGUAUAAUUGGAAGGAAUCUCCAUGUGGCAUUACGUACAUCGUUGUCGGUGAUGGUGGUAAUCGCGAAGGACUUGUCCGAAGGUGGAAAGUGAAAAGCAUCGUAGACAGCUUUGGCGGGGGCUCGUGAUGAUUGAAUGUACCAAGCCGGAAAGAUGGGCAUGAAACGUAUGUUUGGGAGUCGUAGCGGGUAUUUGCAGUCAUGGCCAGUGGCGGUCGCCGCUCACACAGAAUUGCGGCCAGUCCACGUACGAAACAGUCGGUGUAAGCAGAUUUACACCGUGUUUACAAGCAAUGUCCCGAGGGCAAAAGAGAGAGAGAGACGGUCGACAUCAAACCGCGAGACAUGUCCUUAUGUCUCAUUUCCGUUCUGUUUGCCACGUAGCCCGCCGGGGUUGUUGACGUGAACGGCGAGCGCGCUUGUUAGCAUCUCAUCUUCGUGGGAUGGAAGUUGUGCUUGGAUCCUCAUGUCUGGUGUCAUUGUGGGCUUGCACAGCGGAGCGGGUUCGUAUUCAUUCUGCAGUCUGUGACGGAAGCAGUGGACGCACUGGGCGGUGACGUAGCGCACAGUUGGCCGGGGUGGACCAUCGUCUGUGUUGAGAUCAGCAUUUGAUGUCAGUACCACGAUAGCAGUUUUCUGUCCUUUUUGGCCGUUUGGAUUCUUGUCUCCGGCAUGUCGAUGGAGGGUUGAUGCCGCAGGUGUGAUUUGCCCGCGUGUCCCACAAAGUUGAAGACCCUUGGUGGUAUCCUCAAAUUGCCGCUGUGUCCUCGUCGGCCACUGUCUAUUGUGUUGCACUCCGUGCUCCGAUGUGUUUGUCAUGUUGGAUGCAGUGCAGACGAGCGUCUGUUUCCUUGUGCGCACGUGUGCGUAAGUUCGAACGAAAGGGCAAAAAAAUAAAAUGUUUUGUGAACGGGAUCAAAAGGAGCUCGUCUACACUGUCGGCGAUCAUGAAAAGGUUCCACGUUGUGAUCGGUGGAUGGUUCUUUCGUGUUUUCGCAUCAAGAGGGUUUGUCUCUUUGGCCAGUCCGGCUAUCAUGAAAAGGUUGACGUCAUGAUCGGUGGAUGGCUCUUCUGUUUUUGGCAUAAAGCGGCUUUCUCUCUUCGGCGAGCUUCUUUCGCUAGUGUUCCGGUGAUCAACCGUCAUCCUCAGUAGGGGGCGAUCGUACCAGCUUGGAGUGUUGAGCAGGACUUUGAGUGUCCAGGUUGUUGUCUCAGUUGUUAGCCCAGGUGUUGGCUGUUGUUGCCACGGUAUGGACGGUUUUGUCUUCUCUUUGUUUUUUGUUUUUUGUUUUUUCCCGUGGAUGUGUCUAUCAUUCAGUGAUCCUCUCUGUUUAUCGGGUAGGAUGGUCGCGGGGGGGAGGGAGUGUUCUUAAUAGCAACAGGUGAGCUUUCUUGCUUACCGGCAUAUCAUCCUCUGGUGUCAUCUGAUGCCAGUGCCGCACCGAACAGCGUGGAAAAGAACAGACAUUGCCAUCAGCAAACGAUGGUGUUGUUCUAGGUGUGUGUGUGUGUGUGUGUGUGUGUGUGUGUGUGUUUUUGUGUGCGUGUGUGUGUGUGUGUGUGUGUGCGUGUGUGUGUGUGUGUGUGUGUGUGCGUGUGUGUGUGUGUGUGGGGUGUGUGUGUGUGUGUGUGUGUGUGUGAACAAGCAUGUGUUUUCUUUGUGUUGUUGUUUUUCAUUUUUCUGUACGGACUGUUCUGUGUGACAGUGUGUUGUUGCACGACAAAAGUAAAUUCCUUCGAUCUUUUGUAAAUGAAAUAUGACAGUCUGAACCCAAAACAAAAGAAAACGCUCUUGCGAGCGCGGCUCGCCAGCAGAGCAGAGUGGGCGUAAGUAGAUUUGAACUACUGACUUUACACUUAUCAGGCGUAUACUCUAACCAGUUAAUGAAAUAUGACAGUUUGA